AUGCAGACCGGCGUCGAGCUCGCCCUCGCGACAGCAUGGGCCGUUGUACUGAAGACGUAUACUGUAUCCGUCCAGGAUGAGGCUAGUCUCAACUCCAUAUCCCAGAUGCUUCAGCGCGACCUCUUUCGAAGUGACUCGUUCAGAGUCUCCCGCAUUUCUGCGGUACCAACGUUCCGGAAGUCGGAUGAUCGACCCUUCUGCAAUACCGCCCUGAGCAUUGCCUCAUGCUUGACCCCUCCGGACAGAGGGAUAGAUGUUCAGAUUGCUUUCGAGGUCACACCGAAGCAACUUUGCGCCAGGCUCAUGUACUCGGGGGAAAUCCUUGAUGAAGCCCAAGCCGUGGACAUUGCCCUGGCUUUCCAACACACACUCUCGGUCCUGAUCAGCAGUCCUGCCACGUCUUGCUCCGACCUUAACCUUGUGCACCCGCAAAGUCUUGUCAGGCUCUUUUCAUGGAAUGCCUCGGUCCCAGAAUCGGUCGACCGGUGCGUGGGCGAACUGUUCCAGGAACAAGCUAGCUCGCGACCAAACGACAUGGCCGUUCAUGCCUCCGACGCCGCUUUUACAUACGCCGAACUUGCUGUCAUGACCGAAGUGCUGGCCAGUGAUCUCCAGUCACGCGGCAUAGGUCCCGAAACGGUCGUGCUCCUCUGCUUUCCCAAGUCUGUUUGGGCCGUUGUUGCCAUGAUGGCCGUGGUUCGAGCGGGAGCGGCAGUGCUUUUUCUCGAUUCUUCUCAUCCCACCGCAAGGCUGCAGGAGAUUCAAAGCCAAGUAAAGGCCCCAAUGCUGUUGACGGCACCGCAAUAUGCCGACAUGUGGCACUGGACGGCGGCUGAGGUCCUGGUGGUCAACCAAGCCUUGCUUGAUUCGCUGCCGCGCCCAAGGGAGCCAGUAUCGUCGGCCGUGACCCCCUCGAGCAUGCUCUACAUCAUCUUCACCUCGGGAUCAACGGGCAAGCCCAAAGGCUGCUGCGUUGAGCACCGACAGUUCCUGACUGGCUGCUAUGCGCAGCGCAAAGCCAGUGGCAUGCUGCCCACAGACCGAGUUCUGCAGCUGGCAUCGUUCACGUUUGAUGUUAGCAUGCUCGAAAUAGUGACGUCUCUCAUCACGGGGGCGUGUGUGUGCAUUCCGGGAGACGCAGCGCGAGUCAAAGGACCUGCAUACUGCAUACAAGAGUUUGACGUUACUUGGGCCUUCUUGACGCCCUCAUUGGUCAGGCUUAUGACGCCUGCAGAGGUUCCCAGUCUGAGGUUCCUCGUACUCGGUGGCGAGCCAUUAGCAAAGGCAAAUAUCGAGACGUGGGCACCGCAUCUGCAACUUGCCAAUGGAUACGGGCCCACGGAAUGCUCCAUCGCCGCAACAGCCAACCCCAAGCUCAACACGACGACGGAUCCCGCCAACAUUGGGUAUCCGUUAAGUGCUCUGUGUUGGCUCGUCGAUCCUCAGGACCACCGACGGCUGGUCCCGCCCGGAGCUCCAGGUGAGCUCCUGGUCCAUGGGCCUAUUGUGGCUCGAGGCUAUUUCCAAGAUGCAGCCAAGACGACCGCCGCCUUUGUCGAUGACGUUCCCUGGCUGCCCAAGAACCGUUUCGGGAAGUCACGGCGCAUGUACAAGACUGGCGAUCUUGCACGCUACAACAGCGACGGAACCAUCCAUUUCAUCGGCAGAAAGGACUCCCAGGUCAAGUUACGUGGCCUACGGAUCGAGCUGGGCGAUGUUGAGCAUCAAAUUGCCAGCCACGAACUUGUGCAACAGGCGGCCGCGUUCCUUCCGCGCCAAGGUCCCUGCAAGAACCAGCUAACUGCCGUCAUAGCCUUGAAAGAAUCGUAUCGGGAAACUACUGACCGAGGUCUUGAGCUUCUUGAUGUCACGACCAAGUCACUCUGCUCUGUCUCGCUCGAUCGCGUGACCCGGGAUGCCUCUCAACAUCUCCCCGCCUACAUGCUCCCGUCUGUUUUCAUCUUGGUGAGAUCCAUUCCGUUAACAGCAUCAGGUAAGUUGAACAGAGUCGCCGUCGCCAAGUGGAUCGCAGAAAUGGACGAGACAAUGUACAAUCCCAUCACCGGAGCAGAGUCGGCAGUGAUGGCAUCCACUCGGACAGAGCACCAAAUACAGCAGCUAUGCAGUGAGGUCCUGGACGUGCCCCUUUCCCGCGUCCAUCUCAACCGCUCCUUUGUCAACAAUGGCGGAGAUUCCAUCUUGGGCAUGCGACUACUGGCCAAGUUGAGAGCAGCGGACAUUGACGUGUCGGUCAAGGACAUGCUCGAGGCCAAGUCCCUCUCGGAGCUUGCAGACAGGGCCAAGAAUUGCGUCGUCAGACAGACCAUGACUUACCCCAUCUCAUACGACAUGGAAAGAUUCAAAUCCGAAGUGCUGCCACAGUUGUCCCUGGAACAAGAUGAGAUCGAAGAUGUCUACCCACUGGGACCCAUGCAAAGAGGUAUCCUACUCAGCCAGCAGCGAGCAUCUGCCAGUUAUGAACUACGUGUCGUUUGCGCAGUCUCUGUUCCCGGGGGAGGCGCCGUCGACGUUGAGCGACUAAAGCAUGCUUGGAUCGCCGUCAGCAAUCGCCACGCGUGCCUCAGGACCAUCUUCAGCCCCACCAUCUUGGAGGACGCUCCGUGCGAUCAAGUAGUACUGAAGCGCGUGGAGCCAUACGUCGCAACCGUUUCGUGUCGGGACGAGGCAGACGUGUCCAAAGACGUGCGGAGCCGCAGGAUUGUAGCGACUGGCACUCAGCCCCGGGUCAAUUUUAUCAUCUACGAGACACCCGGCGCCGUUCGCUGCAUGGCGGCUGUCGACCACGCCCUCAUCGACGGCGUUUCCGUCCAGCUCCUAUUCCGCGACCUGGGCACAGCGUAUGCCGGUCUCCUCGAUCAGGUCCAGCAGAUGAAGUUCUCUCACUACAUCGGCUACGUGCAGCAGCUGCAGAAGGCCAGAAGCCUCGAGUACUGGCAAACCUACCUUCGGGACCUCGCCCCUUGCCAGUUGGCCGGCCUCGAAGGCGGCACUGCAGACGCGAAUAGGCUCAACGAGUUGAGCGCCAUACUCGAACCUGGGAUGGAACUCCAGAAGUUCUGCCGUCACCACAGCAUUACCCCUGCCAGCCUCUUGCAGUGUGCCUGGGCCAUGACGCUGAGAGCCUACACUGGGCUUGAAGAUGUUUGCUUCGGCUACUUGUCUUCGGGACGUGACGCGCCAGUUGCCGACAUCGAGGAUGCUGUGGGUGCAUACAUCAAUAUGCUGGUCUGCCGGCUCAAGCUCGAUGGAUCCAAGACGCUUAUCCAGCUUGUCAAUUCAGUCCAAGACUCGUUUCUCAACAGCUUGCCCCAUCAGCAUUGCUCUCUGGCCGAAAUUCAGCAUAAACUUGGACUGCGAGAACCGCUUUUCAAUACAAUCAUGUCGCUCCAGAGCGCUUUGGGGGACGUGAUUCACGGCGACCCGAGUUGUGACAGCAUCUCCUUUAGCGUAGUCGACGAGGUUGACCCUACCGAGUACGACGUCUCAAUCAAUGCCGCAAUAGCUCGCGGAGUAGUCCAUCUCAGUCUCCGCCACUACACUUCCAGAAUCAGCCCUACCAUGGCCAAUCAUAUUCUCGAGACUUUUAAGUCUGCAAUUGGCACCAUCAUUCAGGGGUGCGAAAAGCCGUUUGCCGACGCGCCGCUCCUCAGUCACCAUGACAUGAACCAGAUACUGUCGUGGAACGGAGCUGACUGGAAAGCCUUUUACACGUGUAUUCACGACGAGUUUGAAAAACAAGUUGCCGCGAGGGGCGACGCUGUUGCCAUUGACGCCUGGGACGGCUCCUUGACGUACGGCCAACUCGACGCUGCUAGCACGUUGCUGGCGUCUCAUCUCAGUGUACGUGGCGUCGGUCCCGAAGUCCUCGUUCCGCUCAGCUUCGAGAAGUCUGUCUGGGUACCAGUCGCGCAGCUGGCCGUUUUGAAGGCCGGCGGUGCAUGCGUGGCCAUAGACGCUGCCCACCCCUGGAAGCGGCGAGAAGAACUACUAGGCCGGUGCGAUGCCCGGAUAGCGGUGACAUCGCGACUCCACGAGGGACUGUUUGAAGGCCUGGUGGGCGAAAGGGUCGUUGUGGACCAAGCUUCACUCGACCAGCUUGCCACGGAUCAGUCGCUUCCACUUUCGUGGACACCGGCCAAACCCGACAACCCGGCUUUUGUUGUCUUCACCAGCGGUAGUACGGGCAUUCCAAAGGGCAUUGUACUCGAACACCGUGCUUUGGUCAGUAGCGCGCACGCCCAUGGCCCGAGUAUGAAGUACGGACCCGGCCAGCGAAUUCUGCAAUUUGCGUCCUACACUUUUGACGUGAGCAUCGGGGAAACAAUGUCCGGGCUUAUGCUUGGAGCGACAGUGUGCAUCCCGAACGAGGAAGAGCGCAUGGAUGAUUUGCCUGGAGUCAUUAACCGAAUGGCCAUCAAUGUCGUCUAUCUCACGCCCUCGGUCGUCAGUCUGCUUCAACCGUCGGAUACGCCAGGGCUCGAAGUCCUGGCUCUGGGCGGAGAGGCCGUAAAAGCCGAAAACAUCGCCAUGUGGGCCGGCAAGGUCCAUCUUGUCAACAUAUACGGACCAGCAGAAUGCUCCGUGUGGUCGACUGGCCUCUCCCCUGUGCCGGCGGGAACGUCGGCGGCAAACAUUGGCUACGGUCUAGGUGCGCGCGCGUGGAUCGCGGAGGUUGGCAGCCCAGACAGGCUGUGCCCUAUCGGGUGUGUCGGAGAGCUGCUGCUCGAGGGCCCCAUUGUUGCCCGCGGCUAUCUCAAGGACAAGGACAAGACGGAGGCGGCCUUUAUUGCAGAUCCCCCUUGGAUGGCCUCUGCCAGUACCGGCCGAAAGCUAUACCGCACUGGCGACUUGGCUCGAUACAAUUUGGACGGCUCGCUCCACUUCAUUGGACGGCGAGACUUCCAGAUCAAGGUACACGGCCAGCGAGUUGAGCUGGGAGACAUUGAACACCACAUUCAGAGCCAUGGCCGCGUCGCAAAUGCAGUGGUCCUCUAUCCCCAUUCCGGCCCUGUUAGCCAACGGUUGGUGGCCAUUGUGUCCCUCCGCGAACCGACAGCUGCCGACGUAAACAACGAGGUCGAGCUUGUGGACCCUGCACGGAUUCCGGCCGACAUCUUGCGAGCCAAGGCACACCUAUCGGAGCGCGUUCCGGGAUACAUGAUGCCGUCGACGUGGCUGGUGGUCCAAGUGAUUCCACUAUCUGUCAAUGGAAAGACGGAUCGAUCGAGACUGCUGCGGUUUGUACAAGGGCUGGAGACAGUUCCGGAGCAAACAGGGGCUUGGGACGCUGCCAGUCCAGUGGUGCUGCCUUCGACGCCCGCCGAGGAGACCCUGCGCGCCGUCAUUAGCACUGUCCUGGGAAUUGCACAAGACAGCGUUUCCAUGGACCAGAGUUUCGUCGGCCUGGGCGGAGACUCAAUUACAGCGAUGCAGGUGUCGGUGCGGUGCCGGACAAAUGCGUUAACAACCAGUGUCAGGGACGUUCUUCUCAGCAAGUCAAUUCGCCAGCUUGCCAGUGCGGACCUUAGCUUGCUUGACCAAGAAGCAAAGAUAAUGGGACUCUCGGGGCUUGAGGAUGUCGAAGACGGCUAUCCUGUGAGUCCAAUGCAGCAGGGGCUACUAAUUGCUCAAGCACAAACCAGCGGAAACUACAAGCCCUACGUGAUUUGUCAAGUCACAGCCGCCAAGCAUGCCGUGGAGGUGACGGCAGACCGCCUGCAGGCUGCUUGGCAGCGCGUGAUGGUCCUUAAAAAGGCCCCGGCCAGGGUGGCGCGAGUCGAUGACCUGGCCGCCCUAAAUAAUAUUAUAUGGACCGAUCCUAUCGACUACGAAGACCGGCGGCCUCCUCACAGGCUCACCACGUGCGCCACCAACGACAAGCUCUUCUUUAAUCUCGAAAUCAGUCACACCUUGAUAGACGGCGCCUCGAUGGCCAUCAUCCUCAAAGACCUGGCCGCGGCAUAUCUUCAAGAUAAUCUCGCUCCUGGCCCGCUGUACCGUGACUACAUCUCACUGUUACAAACACAGUCACGACAGGAAUCCCUGGACUACUGGAAGGGCUAUCUCGAUGGAGCACAGUCUUGCACGUUCCCUAAAUUGCACGACCGAGACGUCCCAGUCAGAACUCUAGAAACCGUCGAGGUUCCCCUCCCUCCCGAGACUAUUGGCAAACUCCAUACCUUCUCGAGAUCAACCGGGGUCACGCUUGCCAAUGUCCUGCAGACUGCAUGGGGGCUCGUUUUGCGAUCGUUUAGCGGCUCAACCGACGUUCUGUUGGGCUUCAUGGCUUCAGGUCGUGACAUCUCUUUGACGGGCAUCGAGGAGGCUGUAGGGCCGUAUAUCAACAUGCUCGUCUGCCGCGUGGAUGCAUCCAACAACAUCUGUGUGCUCGAUGCAAUCCGCAAGACACAAAGAGACUACCUGGACGCGUUACCCCAUCAGCACCAACCACUGGCGGAGAUCCAGCACAGCCUCAAUCUGACCAGUGGCCGCCUCUUCAACACAAUUCUCUCCUUGCAGCGACCGUUAUCAGAGGACACCGGGCCGGAGAGUGACAUCGGCAUCAACUACCUCCAAGGAAGGGACCCGACCGAAUACGACCUUAGCGUAAGCAUCACUGCGAGCGACUCUGCCAUUGAAGCUUCCAUCUGCUUCUGGUCGUCGUUUCUUUCCGCCGAACAAGGAAGUCAGGUGGCAUCGACAUUGUCUCAGAUCCUGAAUCAGAUGCUUGAUAAGCCGGCAGCGACACUAGCCGAGCUGGAUUUCCUCUGUGAUUCCGACAGACGCAAGAUCUUUGCCUGGAAUAAGAACGGCAUUACCCCCCAGAAGGUGCAUCAGCUCAUCCACCACAACUUUGCUCGCCAUGCGCUUGACCGGCCUGGCGCCACAGCAGUCGCCUCUUGGGAUGGUGUCCUGACAUAUGGCGAGCUCGACGAGGCUUCUCGUUGCCUCGCUCACCAUUUGAGGCACCUGGGAGUGACCUCGGAGGUGAUAGUUCCCCUUUGCUUUGACAAGUCCAAAUGGACUGUUGUUGCCAUGCUGGCUAUACUUCGUGCUGGCGGAGCGUAUACGUCCAUGGAUCCCUCCAGCCCUGCCAAGCAUCUAGCAAACAUCAUUGAGCAAACGCAGGCCAAACUAGUUCUCACCAGUGCCGCCCAGUACGCCAACAAGUUGAGUAAGGCUGUCCAGCUCGUCGUGGUUGUUGAUCAGGCCUUGCUGGACAAGCUGCCUGUCCGAGAACAGCCGCCAGCGGAGAUAUGUACGCCCGACAAUGCGGCCUUUAUCAGCUUUACCUCGGGAUCGACGGGGAGGCCCAAAGCCAUCUGCCUGACGCACAGUUCCUUUACUUCUGUCAUGAGCCACAACCCGGAAAUGGGAAUGGGACCCCAAUCCCGUGUCUGCCAGUUUGCAGCAUACGUCUUCGACACAUCCAACUCGGAAAUCUUUGGCCCCCUGACUUGUGGAGGCAGCGUGUGCAUUCCGUCGGAGCACGAGCGGCUCAAUGAUCUGGCCGGGGCAAUGAAACGCCUUGAAGUCAACUGGACGUUUCUCACGCCAUCGGUGGCGAGCUCGAUGACGCCAGCAGACGUGCCUAAGUUGACGACACUGGCUCUGUGUGGAGAGCGGGUCCCCGACGACAUUGUGAAGACGUGGAAAGACGACGUGCAGUUGAUCAACUCGUAUGGUCCUGCCGAGUGUACCAUUUGGACCUCAAUGGCCAUUCUUGGCCGUGGAAGAUCGCCUGCAACAAUCAGUAGGGGCUAUGGUGGCGACGGAUGCCUCCUUUGGGUUGCCGAUACCGCAGACGUCGGCAAGUUGGCCCCGGUCGGGGCGAUUGGCGAGCUCCUGAUCGAAGGGCCAAUUCUCGCACGCGGUUAUCUGGAUGCAGAAAAGACGGCCCAGGCAUUCAUCGCUCCCCCUCGUUGGCGUGGCUCUACUGCGACGACAUGUCGCAUGUAUCGGUCUGGCGACCUUGUCAGAUACCACGACGAUGGGACCUUGAUCUACGUUGGCCGAGCCGAUGGCCAGGUCAAGCUAAAUGGUCAGCGUAUCGAGACGAGUGAGAUUGAAAGACACAUUGUGUCGCAUCAUCUCGUACGCUACGCCGUUGUCCUAAUGCCAAAGAGUGGCCCCUGCAGGCGCCAGCUAGUCGCGGUUGUUGCACCUUCGGAAUUCUCAGAGAAGACGAUGGCCUUGCAGGAGCCUUGCACUAUCACUGACAAGCCCUCCAAGAUCAAGGCUGCAGCGCAAGUCGCACAGGUCAGAGAGCAGCUCCGAAGUCUUGUCCCGGGAUACAUGGUACCCAGCGUGUGGCUCCUACUUGAAGCUUUCCCCUUGACCGCGUCCAGGAAGAUGGACCGCGUGAGAGUAAGUCGCUGGGUCCAGGACCUUUCCAACGACGACUACUCCGAUGCUCUCGACAUCGGUGAGGAGCAACCCGCCGAGGCGACUGUCGUGCCGGACGAGAAGCGUCUCCAGCAAAUCAUCUCCGCCGUGCUCAAUGUCCCACUCGAUCAAGUCCGCCGCAACAAGUCCUUUUUGAACCUGGGUGGCGAUUCAAUUCUGGCCAUGCAUCUCGUGGUGCAAUGCCGAAAGCAGGGCAUCAAGCUGGCGGUCAAGGACAUUAUGCGGAGCAAGACUAUUUCUUCGCUCGCGCUGACGGUCAAGACUGUGGCGUCGCGCGAGCCUCGACAAGAAGAACUCUUGGAUGCCCCCUUUCCACUCUCACCAAUCCAAUCUAUGUACUUCUCAGAGCUGACCAAAGGCUCGCUCGAUGCCCAGGUGAACCAGUUUAACCAGAGUUUUCUACUUGGGGUCAAGACAAGGCAAAGUCCUGCGGCGAUAGCCAGGGCGGUUCAGCAGGUCGUCGAACAUCAUCCAAUGCUUCGUGCCCGCUUCCUGCAGAGCAGGGAUGGCGUAUGGUCGCAGAUGGUCCUCUCUCAGAUCGCCGGAAGCUAUCGCAUUGGGACUCAUGACGUCAAAUCGCGCGAGGAUGCUCUUUUCAUUGCGAAGAAGGCCCAGGAGCAGAUGGAUAUCCGCAACGGGCCAGUGUUUGGGGUAGAGCUUUUCAACGUCUCGGAUGCAUCACAUCAACUCCUGUUUGUGGUUGCUCAUCAUCUCGUGGUUGACCUGGUGUCAUGGAGGACCAUUAUCAGGCAAAUGGAAGACAUUUUGACUUUGGGAAACCAACUGCCUGGUACCAAGCCAUUUCCAUUUCAUUCCUGGGUAAAGGCCCAAGCCGAUUACGGCAGUCGCCAUCUCCGCCCUCAAACUUCGCUCCCGCACCAGGUUCCUGACGCCGACUACGGCUACUGGGGCAUGGAGAACAAACCCAACUUGCGAGGCGACACGGCUGAGCUCAGCUUCGCAAUCAACCAAAAAGACACCGACUUGUUGCUGCGUGGAUGUCACCGAUCAAUGAAGACUGAGGCCCUGGAUGUCUUCCUGGCCGCGGCCUUCUUCUCCUUCGCCGCCACAUUCUCGCGUCCUCCGCCAGCAAUCUUCAACGAAGGCCACGGACGAGAGCCGUGGGACUCACAAAUGGACAUUACCGAGACUGUCGGCUGGUUCACGACCAUGUUUCCGCUCCAAGUCUCGCCUAGAGCAGGAAUGAGCAUGCUUGAUACUGUUCGUCGGCUGAAGGAUCAGAGAAGAUGUCUGCCGCGCAGUGGGUGGGCUUACUUCAACUCGGCGCUGUCGAAUGAUGAGGGGAAGACGGCCUUUAAAGGGCAUUGGCCGGUCGAGAUCUUGUUCAACUAUCACGGAGUCUACCAGGGCCAGGCUCAAUCCGACAGUCUCUUCCAUCCCCAGCCGUUCAACGAGGGUGACGUGGGCCCCCAGGUCAGCCGUUUUGCCCUGAUGGAGAUCAACGCGUACGUCCUUGAAGGCGCGGCACACUUCACCCUCACCUACAACCGUAAUAUGAAGCACGCGGUUCUCAUGGAGCGGUGGGCGACUUCCUACGCGCGGACAUUGGUUGACAUGGGGCAUGAAUUGAAGAUAGCGGAUCCGAUGCUGACUCCUGGCGAUUUCCCGCUUCUUUCCACGACCAAUGAGAUACUUGAGAGGUUUCAGAACGACGUCUUGGUUGCCGUUGCAGCCGUCGACGAUGUGGAAGACAUGUUGCCCUGUUCGCCGAUGCAGGAGGGCAUUUUGCUCAGCCAGAACCGCAUCCAAGGUGCCUACAACGUGGAGAUGGUGGUUGAAGUUUCUUCGACCCAUGGACAGGCCAUUGAUGUUCCGAAACUGGCAAAAGCGUGGCAGACGGUCGUCGAUCGCCAUGCCACACUGAGGACGGUGUUCGUCCAGAACCUCUCUGACCGGCCAUAUGAUCAACUGGUGCUCAAGAAGCACACGGCAGAGAUGGUUGUACGGGAGAAUCAGCCUGAACAAGCCGUUUCUCAUCUCCAGAAAGCCAAGGCUUUGGACUACGCCUUGGCUCAGCCUCCCCACUGCAUGACUCUGCUCCACACACUGUCCGGGCGGGUGGUUUGCAAACUCGAAAUCAGCCAUGCGCUCGUCGACGGAACCUCGACGUCCAUCCUAGUCUCGGAAUGGAUUGAUGCGUAUCGGGACAAAUCUGCGGCCCUUCCCAGCCCCGUGUACAGCGAUUACAUUGCUUACAUUCACUCUCGGCCCAGGGACGAUGCCAUAGACCACUGGAAAAGCUAUCUUGCCAAUGUCAGACCAUGCCACCUACCAACUCUUACUGACGGAGAGCUGGCGCCAGAGCGCCUGUUCCAUGAAGUGGAGAUUGAAGUCCCAAGCGCUGCCAGAAUGCGCAGCUUUUGUCAAGAGAACAAUGUCACGCUGGCCAGCAUCUUCCGGCUGGCUUGGGCAAAGGUCCUGGGGGCUUUCGUUGGCGACGAUCAUGUGUGCUUUGGCUACCUGGCGUCUGGCCGAGAGGUUCCUGUCCCAGGCAUUGAAGGCGCUAUUGGAGCUUUUAUUAACAUGCUCGUUUGCUCCGUCGACUUGGGCCACAUCAGCCGGCACAAGGUAGACGACAGCUUGGUCAUGUUUCAGGAACAGUACCUCAAGUCGCUCCCGUAUCAACAUGUUGGCCUCGCACAGAUACAGCACGAGCUAGGCCUGGCUGGCCAAACGCUGUUCAACACCGUCCUUAGUUUUCAGAGGCGCUCUCACGGCGACUUGAGCAUCGGCGACCUUCGUCUUCGUCACUUGGAUGGUGUUGAUCCCACAGAGUACAGCGCGUCAGUGAGCAUUUCUGACAGCCAAGAUGGUAUUCACGUGCACAUGAGCUAUGUUACGGACCAGCUCUGCGACCGUCAGGCCUCAAACGUUGCAAGCGCACUGUCGAACGUCUUGGCUUCGAUUGUGGAAACACCCCAUGCCCAGGUCGGACAUCUCAACCUCUACGGCACGCGAGACGCAAAGCAGAUCGCGCUCUGGAACGCCGAGCCCUGGGCCCCAAUCAACAAGUGUGUACAUGAAAUCUUUGCCGACAAUGCCAAUAAGUGCCCUGAUGCUGUUGCCAUUGACUCGUCCGAGGGUUCAAUGACGUACGGCGAGUUGGACACCGAGGCCACGCAGCUUGCACAUGAAUUGGUCGCCUUGGGCAUCCAAGUCGAUUCACUGGUGCCCAUUUCUUUCGAAAAGAGUGCUUGGGCCAUCGUGGCCAUGCUCGGCAUCAUGAAGGCCGGGGCGGGAUUCGUGCCCCUGGACCCCGCGCAUCCCGACGAUAGGCUCAGAGCAAUCAUCUCACAGACGGCCAGUUGUCUUGUCCUUGCAUCAGAGACAACAGCUCAACGGAUACAGACCUUGGUCGACAAUGUCCUAACCCUGUCUUCACGGCCAUCGGAACGGUCAAGCUCAUCAAUCACACCGGCCAAGCCUCCGGUCUCACCAGCGAAUGUGGCCUAUGUUCUGUUCACGUCCGGAUCGACCGGUCUGCCCAAGGGCGUCGUGCUCACACACCUUGCCGUCAGCAGCAGCACUCUUCAUCAUGGCGCCGAGAUAGGAUGCAGUCCGGCGACGCGCAUGUACCAGUUCGCCACCUAUACCUUUGACGCGUGCAUAUUCGAGAUAUUCACAACGCUGGCCCACGGAGGGUGCGUUUGCGUCCCAUCCGACGAGGAGAGGAUGAGUGACAUUGCCGGCUUCAUGGUCCGGAAGCGGGUCAACACGGCCUUCAUGACGCCGUCGCUUGUGCGCAUCCUCGCGCCAGACCAGGUUCCUACCCUGAAGACUUUGGUCCUUGGUGGCGAGGCACUUGGGCAGGACAAUAUCGCGACCUGGACGGGCAAGGUCAGGCUCAUGAAUGGCUAUGGGCCCACCGAGACUUGCGUCUUCGCCCUGAUGAAGACGUUUGAGGAUCCGCGAGACGGUCAUGAUGUCCUAGGCAGAGGCGUUGGAUCUCAGCCCUGGAUCGUGAGUCUUCAAGACGCCACUCAGCUUGCCCCUAUCGGUGCCGUGGGCAUGCUCCAUUUAUCGGGUCCGUCCCUUGCUCGAGGCUACCUGCAUGACAAGGCCAGGACAAAUAGUGUCUUCAUCGACAAUCCAGCCUUUCUCAAAGGCUUCCAGGACUGGCCCCAGAGGGUAUACAAUACCGGCGACUUGGCUCGCUACAAUUCCGAUGGCACGAUAACCUACCUCGGCCGAAAGGACCAACAAGUCAAGCUGAGAGGCCAGAGAAUCGAGUUGUCCGAGAUCGAGUAUCAUGUCAAAUCCAGCUUCCCCCAGGCGUCUCAAGUCAGCGUCGAAGUGGUGUUUCCGCUGGCUGAAAAGGAGAGGGCAACUGUUGCUACUUUUUUCCGCCAUGCCAAUCAACCGGAACAGAGCCAGAUGCUGCUGCCUCUGACCGAUGCUUUACGUGGCGACGUCGCUCGACUUCAAGGGAUCCUUGGGACGCUGCUUCCCCCCUACGAGGUGCCGUCGCUAUAUAUCCCCGUGGGAAAGAUGCCUACCACAGCAGCCGGCAAACUCGACCGCAAGGCGCUUCGUGACGCGGUUGCUAGCAUGUCGGAAGAGGACCUCGGCACGUUCUCGCCCGUUCAAGAAUCGAGGAAGCCGUUGGUGACUGCGACUGAAACAAGACUCGCCCUACUAUGGUCCGAGGUGCUCAAGUUGCCCGUCUCGCGCAUUGGGCGGCACGACAAUUUCUUCCGCAUGGGCGGCGACUCCAUAGCCGCCAUGAAGCUCGCAGCUAAACUCACGUCAGGCAUUUCUCUCACCGUCUCGGACAUUUUUCGCCAUGCGACGCUCUCGGACAUGGCCGUCGUAGCAGCCAAAGAUGCAUCAACCGCCAACACCAUGGUCGACGUGAAGCCCUUUGAGCUUCUGAAAUCCACCCUUUCCGUCAAAGACGCGCGCCCGUCAUUCGCUGCCAAGUGCAACGUGUCCGAGAACCAAGUCGCCGAUGCCUACCCAUGCACGCCUCUCCAGGAAAGUCUCAUGGCGCUCUCGAUGCUGUAUCCUGGGGCAUAUACGGCGCACAAGGCCUUCAAGCUUCCCAACUCGAUCGACAUGGCACGCUUCAAGGCCGCUUGGGAGAAGACGAUUGACAACAACCCCGUCUUGCGAACGACCAUCAUUCAGACCAAAGCCGGGCGCGCGGUUCAGGUCGUGCUCAAAGAUUGUUUCAAGUGGAGAGAAGCUGCUACUCUGCGGCAGUACAUGGAAGACGACGAGAAGGACGAGAUGGCCUUUGGCAAACCACUCUCCCGCUAUGCCAUGACCGACGACGGCUACUUCAUCUGGACCGCACAUCACUCCAUGUACGACGGCUGGACAGUACCUUUGAUUCUCGAACAGGUUACUUCAUAUUACGCCUCCGGCACCGCCCCGGCGACGCCAGGCUUCAACCGCUUCGUCCAACAUGUCUCGACCUUGAGCACAGACGAGGCUCGAGGCUUCUGGGAAUCCCAGCUUUCAGCAGGAAAGGCUGUCACAUUCCCCGAGCCACCAUCAUCGUCCCAUCCACCACGGGUCGAUCAGGAAGUCCAUCACAGCGUCCCGAUCAGCCGCCAGCCGGGCUCAGAGGUUCCGAUGGCGACAGUUUUGAGAAGCGCUUGGGCCUAUGUCCUCGCUCAACACUCAGACGCAGACGAUGUCCUAUUUGGGAUGACCCUCUCGGGACGCAAUUGCCCUGUCCAGGGCAUCGACACCAUCGUGGGCCCUACGAUCACUACCGUGCCCGUCCGAGUCAGCGUACCGGCCAAGGGCACCGUGGUUGACUUUCUCAAGGCGGUCCAGCAACAAGCGACAGAGAUGAUGCGCUUUGAGCACUUUGGUCUGCAGAACAUCGCAAACAUCAACCAGGACACAUCGCAAGCCGUCAAAUUUCAGAACAUCUUGGUCGUGCAGCCGAUGAAGCAGUUUCACGUUGACCACACCGAGCUGCUUGGUGCCGAGCAAGUGUCGAAGCCUCUCAAUAGCUUCGACACAUACCCCUUGAUCAUGGAAUGCAGCCUCGGCGAAACCGAAGUGCGCCUAAAUGCACGCUUCGACGAAGCGGUCAUCUCUCGCAGCCAGACCGAGCGGAUACUCAGACACUUCGAGCACGUCCUGCACGGUUUCAACGAGGCAACCGGAGCGACCAAGAUGCGAGACAUAUCCAUGCUCACCAAGGACGACUUCAGUCAAAUCCUGGCCUGGAAUUCGACGUACCCAGAGGCCUUGGAGACAACGGUACCAGAAGUCUUCGCGCAGCAAGUUCUCCGCAGACCCGAUGCCCUUGCUGUAGAUGCAUGGGAUGGCAAGUUGACAUACGCCGAACUGGAUCAGCUGUCCACCAAUUGUGCCCGACACCUCGUCGAGCAACAAGGUGUCGGCCCCGAAAUCCUGGUUCCGGUCUGCUUUGAAAAGUCUCGCUGGGCUAUCGUGACACAGUUGUCCAUCAUGAAAGCAGGUGGCGCCGUCGUCAAUCUGGAUCCUUCAUAUCCGAUGAGUCGCCAGGAGCUCAUCCUCCAAGAUACCGGCGCCAAGGUUCUACUUGUCGCGUCUCAGCUCUACAGUAAGUUCAGCGACGUCAAGGGCGUAAGAUUGGUAGCCAUCGACAAGAUGUUCUACCGCCGUCUUACCAAGCCAUCCUGGACUGCAUUGCCAGUGGUUGAUCCGUCGUCUACUGCCUACGUCCUCUUCACCAGCGGAUCCACCGGUCGCCCCAAGGGCAUUGUGGUUGAGCACCGCAACCUGUGCUCAAGCUCUCAAGCCCACGGCACUGCGUGGGACAUAGGUCCCUCAACACGCCUGCUCCAGUUUGCGGCGUACACGUUCGACGUCAGUUGUGCCGACAUCUUUACUACUCUCCAGAGAGGGGGUUGCAUCUGCGUUCCCUCUGAGCACGACCGGCUGAACGACCUGGCCGGUUCCAUCAACCGAUUUCGGUGCAACUGGGCGUUCCUCACCCCGACUGUGGCCUCGCUCUUGCCGGCGCAUGGGAUACCGAGUCUUCGGAAGCUGGUUCUCGGCGGCGAGGCAAGUACCAAAGACACAAUAGCCAAGUGGCAUCGUUCUUUGGACCUGAUUGUCUGUUACGGGCCCGCCGAGUGCUCCGUGUACUGCUCCGGAGCGCCACCCGCCACUGCGACAAGCGACCCUGCCGACCUCGGCGAAGCCAUCGGCGCCCUGUACUGGGUCGCUGACGCUCACGACCAUAACCGCUUGGUGCCCAUCGGCUGCACAGGCGAGCUGCUGCUUGAAGGUCCCACCGUGGCUCGUGGCUAUCUUCACGACAAGCACAAGACGGCUCAAACAUUCAUCUAUAAUCCAGCCUGGGCAGACGGAAGUACACCGGGCCGGCCUCGCCGUUUCUAUCGCACCGGCGACUUGGUCCGCUACAAUGAGGAUGGAACUAUUCACUUUGUGGGCCGCAAAGACACCCAAGUCAAAGUUCGCGGCCAGCGAGUCGAGCUUGGAGAAAUCGAACACGCGAUCCGCAUCCAAAUGCCCAGCCUGACCCAUGUCACCGUCGAUGCGGUGAGCCUCGACAGCAGACAGGCCGUGGUUGCGUUCCUCCAUGUGACGGCAAAGAGUAGCGGCUCCGAUGAGGUACUACCCCUGGAUGACCAACUCAAGGAGGACCUCAUGAAAUUGCAAGCCUCGAUUGCCGAGGUCUUACCAUUCCACAUGCAACCGAACAUGUUCGUCCCAAUGGCCCAAGUUCCACUGACGGCAAACGGGAAAGUGGAUAGACGUCGACUGCGAGAUCUGGUAACCAAUCUUGGUCACAAACGGAUGCUCCAGUUCACGCUGGAGUCCUCAACAAAACGAGUGCCUGCAACGGACAUGGAGUUUGCCCUGCGUGACCUGUGGGCACAGGCUCUGAGCGUGGACCCUCCGACUAUCGGCACUCAAGACCAGUUCUUCCGCGUUGGCGGCGAUUCCAUCCUUGCCAUGAAGCUCGUCGCUGCCGCUGGCGAGCACCAGAUCCCUCUCCAUGUCCGGGACUUUUUCUACAGCCCCGUGCUGUCCGACAUGGCCAAGGCGCUCGAGAGCCGAUUACCAGUCAGGCCCAAUGACACGCAAAGAUAUCAGCCAUUGUCUCUAAUCACCAGCACACACCCAAUCAAGCUUGUCAGGGCAGUGGCCUCUCAAAUUAAGACGUCCGAGGCUAAUAUUGCAGAUGUUCUCCCCGCAACCGACUUUCAGCUAAAUGCUGUUGCCCACGCUUUGAUGAAGACGCGCGGACUUCGAAACUACCUGUGGCUAGACGGCACGGGACACCUCGACAUGGCGGCCACUCACGAGGCAUUGAGAGCGUUUGUGGCGGAGCACGAGAUUCUUCGCACCGUUUUCGCUCUGCACCGUGCCGACAUCGUUCAGGUUGUGCUCAAGCAGCUCCGCUACGAGGUUGAGGAGCACCUGACUAGCACCGACAUUGCCAACUUCACCGAUCAGAUUUGCAGAUCGGACAUGAGCCUACCCACGAAGCUGACGGAUCCUCUGCUCAAGUUUAUCAUCAUCCAAGCUUCCGGUAAUCGCCAUAGAAUCGUGCUACGCAUCUCACAUGCACAGUACGAUGGCAUCAGCUUGCCGAAACUCUGGGACUCGUUGGCCGCCGCGCUCGAGGGUCGCCCUAACCCCACGCCUGUAAAGCCCAUGUCGACGUUUAUGCGAGCCAUCUCCUCACAAGACCAGGACGAGGCGCUCCAGUACUGGGGCUCCCUUCUCAAGGGGUCCAGCAUGACGAGACUCGUCGCGCACACCAAGCCUUCGCACCAAAACGUCUACAACACCUACCUUCGCCGCACUAUCCCCACGGCCUCGCUGGCGAAUUGCGGCACCACCUUUGCUACCAUCCUCAAAGCAGCCUGGUCUCUGGUCCUUGCCUCCCUCACCUCUACAUGCGAUGUCACAUUCGGCCACGUUGUCUCCGGUCGUACCCUCGACCUCGACUUGGGCAUCUCUGCCGUCGUCGGCGCCUGCAUCAACAUUGUGCCAGUGCGUGUUGCGAUUACUGAUCCAGAGUUGAGCGUCUCGCAGCUGCUGCAGGCCGUACAGGCCCAACACGCCGCCGGCCUGCUCUACGAGGCUGUUGUCGGCACUCGGACCAUUGUCCGUCAGUGUGCACCAUGGGCUCCGCACACGCGCUUCAGCAGUAUCGUGCAACACCAGAACAUCGAGGAAGCGAGUCAUGUGGCGGUCCGCGGCGUUGACUACGAGGUCGGAUUCUUCUGUCCUCAAGCGGACGAGGCGGACGUGGCGAUCAAGACCACGCCGCAGGGUGAUGGAACGACGGAAGUGUUACUGAUCUGCUCGGAUCGCGCCGUGGGAGAGGAGUUGGGGGGGUUCCAAGGUCGGGGCACUAUUGAAGACGAUGGCUAG